GAAUCUCUUGAAACAAACUCGUUCUAUUUUCUCUUCUAUUAGUCAUCUUCCAAUUUUCACUCUCGAAUCAAAGCUUAUUUAUUUCAAUUUUCUAAGAAUCUUGGACUUGAGUCGCGUAUCUCUUAAUAAUUUCCCUCCACAGAUACUAUCCCUCAUUUGGUUGAGGUACCUAGUCUUGAGCGGGAGUUUUAUCAUGCCUCCAGAAAUUUGCAGGUUAUGGAAUCUACAAACAUUCAUUGUUGAUUCAUCAUCUACUAUUUUUCCUGAGCAAAUUUGGGAACUAAUGCAAUUAAGGCAUCUCAAAGUGUUUAGUUUUUAUUUUCCAAAUCCUCCAAGUGUAGCUUUUGACGAAGAAGAGAGGUACUUGGUUUUUUCAAACAUACAAACUAUUUCUGGCUUGUCUCCAAGUAGUUGCACGAAGGAGGUUAUUUCAGGGAUUCGGAAUGUCAAAAAAUUUAAUCUAUGGAAAUAUAGAUGACUAUGAAAGUUCUAAAGAAUCUAGACUUUUGGAAAAUCUUGUCCAUCUACAUCAACUUGAAACAUUGAGUUUAUGUGUCGAAAGUUGGCACUAUUCAACAGUGACCAUUCCAAGUGCAAAAGCUUUUCCACCAAUGCUCAAGAAGUUAAAGUUGCUCCGAACUGGUCUAAUGUGGGAGGACUUGAACAUCAUAGGUGAGCUGCCUACCCUUGAGGUGCUGAAGCUGAUGUUAAGUGCUUGUCGUGGCGAAGAAUGGCAACCAACAGAAGGGGGAUUUACUCGGUUGAAGCUGUUGCUAAUUGAGGGUAAUCAUCUUAAGUACUGGAAAGCCCCGGCUGACAAUUUUCCUGUUCUUGAGCGCCUCGUGAUUAGAGAUUGUACUGAGUUGGACGAGAUACCUAUUGAGUUUGCAGAUAUCCUCUCACUACAACUAAUUGAGUUGCAAGGCUGUAAGCUUGAACUCGAGGCUUUUGCUGCACGAAUUCAACACGAACAAGAAGACAUUGGAAACAAACCUGUGGAUGUUCGUACCUCCAAUACAUACCUUCGAUAUGCUUUUGGUUAUGAAUCUUAUGAACUUGAUGAUUGUCCAUAUUGAUGAUGAUGAUGACGACGACGAUGAUCAUGGAUAUGAUGAGCUCCAUAACAAUUCUACACUAAUCGGUAUCUUUAUUUUUAUUUGUUCUCAAUGAACGGAUGUUAGAAACAGCCUCUACCCUCAAGGUAGGGGUAAAGUAUGUGUACACAUAUCGUCUUCAGACUACACUUGUGGGAUUAUACUGAAUUUGUUGU